CCGCCUGCAUACUAGCGCCUGGCUCUAUUUUUUUUUCUUUUUUUUCUUUCCUUCUCGCUUUUGUCUCCCCUGCUCAUCCCAUCUACCUGUCUUGCUCCUCCUGUGUGCCUCUCGCGCCAGACAGUCGUCCCCGUCGAACGAACGAGCAGACGAUCGAACGUCGCUCUCCCGGCCAACCUCGCUCUUUGCCUCCCUCCAUCAUCAGGGCUCGGCCUUCCCGCCCUUCCUCGACGUGGAGCUGCUAGAACGCUUCUAUCUCUUUUGCCAUCUGCCUUCCAGCCGCGAACCAAUCGGCCAGCUCCCUCCUCGCCACCUGAAAGGUGACCUGCCCCAACAAACGCCGAAAAGGGUCUUCCCCUAGCCUUCCGCUUUCUUCACGACGUGCUGGUGCUAAGAGCAGCGAGGAAAUUCCCACGUCACGGCCCAGCUCCGGUACGGCCAUUGUUCCACCUCGUCCCGUCCCAGUUCGCUGUUCAUCAAAUUCCAUCCAGCUAAUCGCUCCAACCUGCUUGUCCCUCCCCUCGCCAUCCUCAUCACUUUUCACAGACGCCCUGCUGUGCGUUCUUCUGUCUGCAUUGGUCUGUCCGUUCCUUUUUUGCCCUUCCCCCAAGAGCGCAUACGUAAGAAAAAAGCUUGCAAAGCCGACACCCACUUCGGCAUCGCCCGCUUUUUUUUUCCCUUUUCUAAUCACACGGGCGCGUGCGAGGCAGAGAAAGGAUAAAAAAAAUUUUCCUUCUGCGCUCACUCCUGUCGUCAUUCGCCUUUCACGGUCCGGCUAAACACACGCAAAGCCUGUUUUUCGGCUUCCCGUGCGACUCGCAAGCACAGCUUGGCCUGAGGGCAUUCGUCGACGACGAGCUUCCGGCAGCUUCACAGCACUCCAGCGCUCCAGGUCUACAGCUCCACUUCUAUCCGUCGCUUCAAACUCCACUCUGACUUGCAGAGCAACGCCAGGGCGCGUCGGAUUUUACCCUGUUCCUGAAACCGUCGACAAGCACCCGUACAGUGCAUCUCAGCGUGCGUGGUCCGCGAACGACCUGACGUUGAGUCGCGCGAGCACAGCCCCCCACCCAUUUCCGUUGGAAGAACAGGGCGCUGCUGAAGCGGGAGAGGCUUGAAGCACGAUUAGCCAGUGGGUCGGAUCUGCAUCCACUCAAAAGCCCUUCCCGGCAGUCUGCUGCUUGCUGUUUGCUGCUGCGACUGCUCCUGUUGCUACGCUUGGCCGCUACCAAAAAAAUUCAUCGUCAGCUGCGGAAUACCACCGUCGACGUCGCUUUCCUGUUCAUCGACGGCGCGAAAGCUCGGAUCUCCCGGCUUCCCUCCUACCACAUACGCACACCCCCCAUUCCACCUACCAACUGUCCUUCGGCCAAUUCCACAUCCCUUCCCCCCUCCGACCCCCCCAAAUCUGCUUCCGUUCCCAUCUUGCCGUCUGCAUCGAUUCAGUCUUGCUUCGGCUCAGCAUACACGCAGAGUCAGAAGUCACAUCAUUUUCGGCCCGUCACGGGAAUAAUCAGCCAUCUUCAUCUGACCAUCCACCGAUACCGCAUUCAGUUGUCAGCAGCUCCAAGAGACGCCUUAUUUUUUUUUUCGGCCAACCCAGCCUGCUGCAUCAUCGACGAUAAACAACAAAAAACGGGCCAUCCCAAUCCCAAGGCCAAUCUCGGGCUCCACACUGCUGCGUCCCAUGGUCCGUUGACCUGCGAACGUCGAAUUGCUCCAUCUUGAUAUUCCUCAAGAGGCAGGCCUUCCCCGGGUUUGACAUUCAUCUAUACCACACUCGGAUGAGGUCCCUCCAGGCCCACAUUUGUCCGUGGUUCGAGCUUCCUAUUCUUCUCUCUCAGACACACUUUGUCCUCCGCCAGUAAUGGAGGGGCCGUCCUACGCACUUGCUGGCAAAACUUCACAGCAGCAGGUAGAGUCCAACACUCUGCCUCCCAUCAACGGUCUCCCAAUGUCGGCUUACAAUACCCAGCAGCUGUACAACGGCCACGGCGGCAGCGUGCCUGGUUCCAUGCCUCAAACUCCGAUCACUCCUCAUACACCGAUUCCUCAGACCUCGUCAGCGCCGCCGGACCCGGGCGCGUACCCUCAACCCGGCCAGCCUGGUGGACCUCCAAGGACGCUACACCCACCGACCUUCCCCUCCUCGCAACCUGGCUCUGUCGCGAUGCAGGCUCCGCAGCAUUAUGCCGCCUCCUCUCUGCAGCAGAACAACCUCCUCCCUCGACUCAAUCACAACUUGAUGGCCCAGGUCUCUCAGCCGGGCUACGUACCCCAGCGCGAACCGGAACCUACACACGUCGUCGGACAACAGGGACGGCGGGGCAUUUUGCCCAGCGCGCCCGGGCGCGCCGCACCUAACGGCAAGAUGCCGAUCCCAGCGAAGAACGAAGAGGGCAAGUUUCCGUGUCCGCAUUGCACAAAGACGUAUUUGCAUGCGAAGCAUCUCAAGCGGCACAUGUUGCGACAUACCGGCGACCGACCGUACCAGUGCAAGCUCUGCAAGGACACGUUCUCCCGUAGUGACAUCUUAAAGCGCCACUUCCAAAAGUGCUCGAUAAGAAGAGGCCACACCGGAGACCAGAACCAUUUGGAAGGCUCGCGCAACCACCUCAAGCAGAACCAACAGAAUCGACUGUCAACUGGCACCCUGAACGACCAAGUCAGCUAUAUGAACGGCGUCCCUGCCUCUGGUGCUGUGUACGACUCGGCCAUAACGAAUCAGUUCAUGAACCCAGUCUCGAACUACGUCGCCGACCAAGGUUUCGACAACCAACAGUCGCUGUCCAAUCGCUCGUCACGGUCGAACAGCCUGAUGCGACCGCAGGAUUAUGCGGUCACGAUGCCGGGUCUCAGCCAGCCGAUGAGCGCGUACUCGAUGGCGCCACAGCCGGCGAAUCCGUAUGCCUUUGCGACGCCGAUCACGUCUGCGGACAUGGCCGCGCAAAAUCAGACGCGAACGGCCGACGCGAACGGCAUGAACCAGCACAUGGGUUGGCCAGGCGCCUAUCCGGCACAAGCCGGUGAGAACUUCAUGUAUCAACCGGCAGCCAACAACGAACGGUCGGUAAAGCCUGAAUCUGAUAUGAUGGGCAACGAUGCCGGAAACGGCAACGCUGGCCUUUACACACAAAUGUAUUCUUCCACUUCCUCCCUGCCUUCGAAUCAAGUCUUUGACGGUUGGAACCUAGGUGAUCCUUUCGACGCUAAGGCGGCCGCACUCAUUGCGUACUGUUUCACAGAUGGACUUCCUCGCACGCGCAACGAACUACAAGCCAUGGAUCGGCUAAAGCACAUCUUGACGGCGGAGAAUAUAAAGCGCUACUUACAGCUCUUCAGAACAAACUGGAACGAACACUUCCCCCUGGUGCACAUGCCUACUUUCUCGACGCUCGACGCAAACAAUGGGCUGCUUCUUUCGAUGAUGUGCAUUGGGGCUGUCUAUGCAAACGAGUUAGGGCUGGAGAUGGAGCGGUGGCUAAUGCUUUUGGCCAGACAGGCGGUUGAUCGGUCGUUUAGAAUUCUACAUUUUGCUGAAGAUGCGUCUGGAGAGCUCUCUAACUUCGUGCCGUCGUGGUCCGAUAUUCAGGAGAUUGAAGCUCUCAUGCUCUUGCAGUCCAUGUUCAUCUGGCACGGCGACGCGAACCAUCGCGCGCAGGCGAAGGAUGACUUCAGACGCUUGGUUGUCAUUGCAAGACGAUGUGGACUGACGCGGCCCAUUCCCCUCGGCCAGAAAGGCUGCAGCAUCCUUCACCAACCCCGACGCUACCAAUCGUCCAUCGAUCUGAGCGCCUGGGACUGGAAAGCAUGGGUCAGGCAGGAGGAACGCUCGAGGGCCAUGUUUUUCAUGUUCCUGAUCGACUGUGCUUUGGCCAUCUUCUUCAACCACCCGCCUCAGCUGUCGUGCUCCGAGAUACAUAUUCAGCUACCCGCCGACGACGCAGCCUGGGACGCCCCAGAUGCCCACUCGUGCAUGAAGGCGCUUGGCUUGAACGGCGAGCUUGCCCAGGUUGAGAGCAACAUCUCAGGCAGCCGCCGCCUGAGCCAGCCGGAGUUCCACCUGUGCAUACAGUUGCUCUAUUCUCCACAGUCCGAAUUCGCACCCCGUACCACCAACGUGUUUUCAAAGUUUCUUCUCAUCCAUGCGUUGCAUGUGGCCAUAUGGAAUCUGCACAACCAGUCUGCUCUGGCCCAGGCCCCAGCUGUUGCUGUUCCUGGUGGAUUCGCUUCCUAUCCGAGCACACCUCUCAGUCAACACGACUGGGUAUCCUCUGGCAAUUCCUAUCCGAGCAGCAACCCAAGCAGCGGACGCGUAACGCCCACUGAGCCGGGGCCACAGCCCAAUGCACAGCAGGUCUCGGUCAUCAAGCUCGCCCUUGAGAAGUUCAAGCGUGCGUGGGAAACGGACAUUGACCUCCAAUAUCCGCCGUCGAGCUCUCCUUCCGCCGCGGGCGCUCAAAUCCGCCGUCUUGGGUACUGUCGCGAUGCCGUGCAUUACUAUUGGCUUGCGAAGCAGUUCCUCCUGACCCCGCGCAUGUUCAAUUGGCAGACAAACUGGGAACCUGACCAACGCAUGAGUCUGGUCAUGUCUCUCCUCAAGCAAAUCCGAACGUACGUUGCCAAGGAGGGAUACAGACUUGGCAAGGAACUAGGGAGUGUUGUCGACAUCAAUGAACGUUACGCCGUUGAUAUGACGAGGCUGAACAUGCGGGAUCUGUUCGUGACCUUGCCGGACGCCAAGCGUGUGUCAACAUGAACGUGGAUCAUGUGAGGCUCUGAGGAGACAUCCAGCAGACAUGGCGCAAAUGCAGUGGCGACACCUUAGUCAUUCGAAAGCGACUCUUUACGGCCAUCCAAACCAUAUUUUCCAUCAUCAUAAUCUCAUCACCGUCAUCAUCUUCUUGAUAGCACUCCGGGUUUAGGCGACUUGACACGUGUUGCAACUUUACCACUUCACGCAUCAACGAAUUUCAUUUACGAUAUUUCCAUACAUAGACAGGGGCAUGAACAACGAAGGUCCAACUUGGAUCUACCGUGUGUACGACUCGCGCCGCAAAGGCAUUGUUCGUAAAGUUGUCACCAACAGCUUUGGCUUAGACUCAUAAAACGGCGUUAUUGGGGGUUUCCUGUUUCCACGUUUGGCACUCCAAACUAUUUUUCAGUGGGAAAACUGCGUUUCCCUACGUUCAGAGAAAAAAAAAGUCCGCGUUCUAGAAGAUACAAAUUAGACAAAUACGUGAAAGGCCUGGUCGCUUGGCCGACAGGUGUGAAACUUGUGGGUAGGAAUAUUGAUUGGGUUUUUCCACACGCAACUCCCUUUACUGCAAAAGAAUUUGUGGCAACGCCUAUGCAUUGCGAUGGAGCUGGCGGGAUCAUACAUGCACUGCUUCUUUGACAGCCUUGUUUUGUCACGGGCAAUUCUAGGUAGCGCUUGGCUUCGUGUGUAUACAUUUCGUGAAUAGAAAAGACUUCCACUGAUGCGGUCAGCUAAC